AUAAGGACCUUUUAAGAUUCAUUAUCAUCCACAUCUUUCCCAAACUCAGAAAGGAUUGUUUAACUAUCUACCGAUAAAAUACCAUGUGAUGGCAGAGGUGGAGAGAGAAUACACUCGGGCUUCCUGGAGGAGAGAUAUAGGGAGAGUUUGGGAGUAAGUCAUGAGAAUGUGGGAAGGCAUUGAGACCACACAACUGACUCUGCCCUUCAUGGCUGUAACGAUCAGGUUUUUACAAUUUAUCUCUUGCUGCCGAACAGUUUCUGUCCUCUUCAAAUAAGCAGAUUUGGGACAAAACUUAUUUAUACAGUUUUUUUUAAAAUAUAUUUAUUAUUGAUCCAUAUUUCCAUACACAGGGACACUUUGAUUUGUGUGUGUGUGUGUGUGUCUUUGUUGUUUCAGAGGGUUUGAAAAAAAUAAAGACUAUUCUUGUUUCUUCUUACUCCAUAUCCAGAUUUUAGAACACAGGCAGCUGCAGGGCCAGCUGCACUUGCUGAAGGCCAGAGAGCCAAGCCAAGAGUCAGGCAAUUAUCAGCCGUCGGCAUUUUUGCAGAAAUACACAAAAAGUGUAGAAUCGCUUAAUUCUAUCCCCUCCUAUCCUCUUCACAUGGAAAUUGGCUGCUCGGGCACAUGCUGUUUUUCUCCCAGGCCUUGUGUCAGGGGGGCUAUUAACACUCGCUCCUGCAGCCGGUUCCCUGGCCAUUUGGGAUGUGCACGCGUUCACACCAGAGCACGGCCCACGGCGUCUUCACGCGCUGCCGUUUUGUUUAUGCGGAGCGAGGGCCGCCGGGGUGCGAAGGGUCUGCAAGCACAGCGGGCUGCUAGGACUAGAUAAAGCCCGGCUGCGACACCGGAGCAAUCGCGCUACCAUGGACACCGCGGAGAGCGCCGAGCGCGCGCACAACCCAGUGCUCCCACCCCCGCGCAGUCUCUGCCCGCCGCCAGCGCAACCCGGGUCCGAGGGCUUCUGGAGACCUUGGCUUCGAACCCCAGGAGAGAAAGAGAAGCGGGAGGAGCCCCGUGCUGCAGACGCGUUGCUCAGUGGCCCUGGAGUGACGGAAGCCCCAGGAAAGCUUUCUCAGUACCAACACCCUGUCAGACUGUUCUGGCCCAAGUCCAAGUGUUACGAUUACUUAUAUCAAGAAGCAGAGACUCUCCUGAAAAACUUCCCAAUUCAAGCUACGAUUUCGUUUUAUGAAGAUUCUGAUAGUGAAAAUGAAAUUGAGGGGCUGGCCUGUGAAAAUCAAUCUAAUUAGUUACUUCUGAUGACAAUUGAGCUGGAUAGGAUUUGAAUUUUGUGUAUAAAUGUAUCAUAAACGUUUAAAAGUUAUUUAUUUGUAUAUAAAUUGUUAAUAAAACUAUU